AUAAAUGCAAUCUUUAUAAUUAUAUACAAGCAUUGAAGCAUUUCUACAAGAUAAUAUUUCAUUCCCCAUUUUGCCCUUCUGUAACUUCCAAAUUUUUUCAUCAUGAAGGUUCCGGUAGGGUUUAUUGAAACACUAUGGAGCUUUGUGUCGUUUUUGCCCUACUUCUUUUUGCUCUUCAUCCUUGGCCUGCUCAAAGCGGCAAUUGUUGGUCCUAUUGCAGUAGGAAUCGUUGUUAUUUCAAACUCAUCUGUAAUAAUUGGCCUUUGGCCUGCACAUUUUCUGUGGACUUACUACUGUGUUGUGAGAACCAAGAGGCUUGGGCCAGUUCUGAAGAUUGUGGUGCUAAUAGUGUUGCCACUGCCUCUGAUUCUUUGGCCAAUUAUUGGAAUUAUUGGAAGUCUAUUAGGUGGAAUAAGCUAUGGAUUUUUCACUCCCCUGUUUGCAACUUUUGAGGCUGUUGGAGAGAAUGUUACUGACAAAUUCUACCACUGCUUUGCUGAUGGUUGUUUAUCCACUAUCAAGGGAAGCUGCACAGUAGUGCAGGAUUUUAUAGACUUUUGCUUCCACUCAUACUUCUCCUACAUGGAUGAGCUAAGUAAGAAAGUGCCUGAGGAUGAAAUGCCCGUGGACAUAAAGUUAGAGAAACUGCCGAGUUGUAUUUUGGUGAGCCUAGUUGGAGUGCUGGUAGAUGUGCCUUUGAUUACAGCUAUUGCUUUGUGGAAAAGUCCAUACAUGUUGUUUAAAGGAUGGAAGAGGCUAUUGGAGGACUUGAUUGGCAGAGAAGGACCAUUCUUGGAGACGGUUUGCGUCCCAUUUGCUGGUCUUGCAAUUCUCUUAUGGCCUCUGGCUGUUGUGGGAGCUGUGACAGCUGCUAUAAUCUCCAGCUUUUUUCUUGGACUUUAUGCUGGAGUUAUUGUUCAAGAGGAAGACUCAUUCCAGAUGGGACUUGCCUACGUUGUUUCAGUAGUUUCUCUGUUCGAUGAAUACGUAAAUGAUUUACUCUACUUGAGUGAAGGAUCAUGCUUGCCCAGGCCCAGAUAUCGUAGAAACAUGAACACUAGCCAUGGGAGGAAAAAGCUUGGUGACAAUGACAAUGAUCUAAGGAUUAGAAGAGAAAGUUCACUCAGUACAAAACUCAUCUCAGAACGAUCAAGAACAUUGAAGCGGGCAAUCCAACAAUAUAAACCUGUGCAGGUGUGGGACUGGUUGUUUAAAUCAUGUGAAGUGAAUGGUAGGAUAAUCCUUCGUGAAGGUCUGAUAAACAUUAAGGAUAUCGAGGAAUGCAUUGUGAAGGGGAAUUGUAAGAAGUUGGGCAUUAAACUACCUGCUUGGUCCAUAUUACAGUGUCUGCUAGUAUCCGCAAAGUCAGACUCAUCUGGGUUGGUGAUCUCUGAUGAUUUCGAGUUGACAAGGUUCAACAGUCCAAGAGAUAAGGUAUUUGACUGGUUCAUUGCACCACUCUUGAUAAUGAAAGAGCAAAUAAAGAAUCUCCAGUUAAAUGUGAACGAAGAAAUUUCCCUUAGAAUGAUUAGUAUGGAGUGCAAAAAUGAUAAACCUGAGGACUGGGAUGCCUGUGAAUUCCCAUCCAGUGACAAUGUCAGAAAAGCACAGUUGCAAGCCAUUAUUAGAAGACUGCAGGGGAUUGUAGGUUCAAUGUCCCGAGUACCAACGUUUCGGCGUCGGUUCAGAAAUUUGGUGAGGAUAUUGUAUAUAGAGGCAAUGCAGGCGGCUGCUUCGGCUAAUCAUAUUGGAGGAAUGUUGAAUUCCACAAUUGACGGCGCUAGGUCAAUUGGAAGUGGGGAUUGGAAAGACAGUGUUGAAACUGUAAAUGUAUCAGGUCGUAGGGAUCAUGAUAAUGGGAAUAUUGUAUAGAUUCACUUCUCCCCAUACAUUGUACAUGAUAGUAGAUUAGGUACCACAGAAAGAUUGCCACUGCUAAUUGGGGUACUAUAGUAUGACAAACCAGUAUCAGUCAGGUCGCUGUAAUUUUCUAGUUAAAUGAUGGUUGUGUUCAAUUUGCGCUUGGGAAGAUGGAAGCAGGCCAUGUAAGGGUUCGCUUAUUUCAUUGCCGUCAUCAUGUUUUGGGAGCUGAUAUAGUGAUUAAUGUGGGGUAAUGUUUGCCAUCAACAUAUCCACUCCAGACUCCUGUAAUUAGAAUAGCUUUUCAACAACACUUGAUUUCAUUUCAGUGACACCA